UUCUCCUAAAUCAAAGAUGUCGAAGGCAGAGCUUGUUAUUCUUGACCAUUGGGUUAGUCCAUUUUGCAUGAGGGUGAAGAUUGCCUUGAACGAGAAAGGCCUUCAAUACGAAGCUCGAGCCGAGGACUUGGUCGGCAGCAAAAGCGAGUUAUUACUCAACUCCAACCCCAUCUACAAGAAAGUCCCCGUGUUUCUACACGACGGAAAACCCUUGUGCGAGUCUACUAUCAUCGUUAACUACAUCGAGGAGACCUGGUCUUCCCCUCCGCUACUCCCGCCGUGUUCGUAUGGCCGAGCUCAGGCACGCUUUUGGGCUGAUUAUAUUGACAAAAAGGUAUUUGAUGCGUGCGGGAAUAUAUGGAGAAGCAAAGGGGAGGUAGCAGUGGAAGCUAAAACGGAGUUUAUAGAGAUAUUGAAGGAAUUAGAAGGUGCCUUGGGGGACAAGGAUUACUUCAAUGGUGCCACGUUCGGAUUCGUUGACAUCAUAGCAAUCCCUCUGACCUGUUGGUUCUUUGCGGUGGAGAAGAUCGGCGGGUUUAACGUGGCGGAUUUGUGUCCCAAGUUCUACGGUUGGAUGAAGAGGUGUUUGCAAAGGGAGAGCGUGGCCAAAGUAAUCGCAGACCCUGAAAAAGUGUACGAGUUUGUCUUAAUGUUCAGGAAAAUGCAGGGCAUCGACUAA